UAGAGUUUCACCACACCACAAUUUAGAUUCAAUGGCCUUCAGAAGAGUCAUAACAGCCUAAAUAAUCACCCGAGAAAAAAAAUGCUCAUUUAUAGUGCGUUGUACUGUCGAUCAAGUAUAGGAAAAAAAAGAAUACGGUGGAUCUUCACCUGUCACAUGCCUUAGCUGAUGCCAUCGACAACUUUAUGCAACCAACAGGUCAAUCCAACAGGUGGCGGCAUUGAGCAAAUAGGCUAUUUUCUGGCCACAUAGAGCUGCUUUGCUUGAAAAAUCUUUGUAAAAAGCCCCUCCUCUUCACCACCCCCUCCAUAAUGUUAGGGAAAGGUAUUUCACCACCGAGCAGCUGCACUGUAUCAAGCUGUAUUAAGGCCCCCCCUCUUUUGCUCACUCCCCUAUGCUCAGCCCUCCCACUGCCGUUCACUCUCCAACAUCAUCUAGCCCACUACCAAUCGUGGUCUGCAACAAUCGGUACCGAGGAGACGCAAUCAAAUGGAGCGCUUCUUUCUUUCGCGAUAUCUAUAUUUCGCGUCAUCGGGAUUUGAAAUAAUAUAGAAUCAAACAGCUUUAACACAAAGCGAAGCCCUCAACAGCUGCGCGUGAACACUGUCAAAAACACCUCUUCCUUGUCUAAACUUUCCCCAUCGUUCUCUCCGCCACCCCGAUCCCAAGAAUCUCUUUUGCACUAUCCACACAAUUCUCUAACGUCGGGCACUCUCGCUGUCGAGGUUUCGAAAUGGAUGGGGUUAUCGUUGGCUGGAUGCCGGAGUCUGCCGGGGUCCAGAGUUGCCCGCUGCAAGUGAUGCUCAGCCAGAAGAAGAUCAAAGCGAGAAGGAAACGGCGAAAGGAGUUGUUCGUUGGACAGAUGUGCUUCAUGGGGCUUUUGGUUAUGGUGGUGUCCGGUUUGUCGCAUUUCGCCGAAAACUCUGGUUACCGCACACCCAGCAUUGGACCCAAGGUUAGUCCGAGUUGGGAGAGCCGUCGGUUACUGCAAGAAUACGAAGAUACCUUCACGUAUAUACCAGAGACGACGGUGGAGACAAGUCGGCUGCCCAAGAACUGUACCGAGCCAGCUCUCCAUGAAUUCCCCACGGAUCUUUUCACACACCAGGAGAGGACGGAAGGGGCUGUUGCACUACAUGUUCUAUGUGCCAUGUACAUGUUCUACGCCCUGGCGAUCGUGUGUGACGACUACUUUGUUCCCUCGCUGGAGAAGAUCUGUGAGCGGUUGCAUCUGAGUGAGGAUGUUGCUGGAGCAACCUUCAUGGCAGCAGGAAGUUCAGCCCCAGAACUCUUCACUUCUGUCAUUGGAGUGUUCAUCACUAAGGGAGACGUAGGGGUGGGCACCAUUGUGGGCUCCGCCGUCUUCAACGUCCUCGUAAUCAUAGGCGUCUGCGGGAUAUUCGCUGGACAGGCAGUGCGACUCUCCUGUUGGACACUAAUGAGAGAUUCAGUGUUCUACACCAUAUCAGUGACCGCUCUCAUUGUGUUCAUAUAUGACGAGAAGAUAACAUGGUGGGAAUCUCUCACUCUCGUGUCGAUGUACUUUGUUUACAUUUUCAUAAUGAAGAUGAACUCAACCAUCGUGCGUUUCAUCGAGAGGCGGAAGAAGAACUCUGCCAACCUGGGCAACGGCACAGCCAGUAACGCCGAGCUGGACGACGGCUGUGACGCCACCGUGGUGCUGUUGAAAAAAGCUAACUUCCACAGGAAGGCCUCGGUGCUGAUGGUGGACGAGCUGCUGUCGGCCUACCCCCACCAGCUGUCCUUCUCCGAGGCCGGCAUGCGCAUCAUGAUCACCAGCCACUUCUCCCCGCGCACCCGUCUCACCAUGGCCUCCCGUAUGCUCAUCACUGAGAGGCAGCGUCUGAUAAAUGGACACUUCAUCAACGGCGACUCUGACAUCACUGCCAAACAGCCGGGCCGGCGUGCCUUGGAGAACGGCCUGGGAGGCGCGGAGCGCGGGCUCAAUGGCCGCCGAGGAGGUCACCGUGACGACGACCGAGGAGGAGCGGAGACGGGCACAGACACGGAAAACGACAACGAAGACAACGAGAACAACGAAAAUGAUGAAGAGGAGGAGGAGGAGGAUGGCAAUGAGGGACCUCUCGUCCCAUUUCAAGUACCAGGCGGUUGCUGUAAUAAGGUGAAGUGGGUGCUGGCCUGGCCGUUAUGUCUGGUGUUGUACUUCACCGUGCCCAACUGUGCCAAUCCUCGUUGGGAGCGGUGGUUCAUGGGGACGUUUGCCGCGUCCACGCUCUGGAUCGCUGGCUUCUCCUACAUCAUGGUGUGGAUGGUCACAAUCAUCGGGUUCACCCUGGGCAUCCCUGAUGUCAUCAUGGGAAUCACAUUCCUGGCAGCUGGCACCAGCGUUCCCGACUGCAUGGCCAGCCUCAUUGUGGCGCGCCAAGGAUUGGGUGACAUGGCGGUGUCCAACUCCAUUGGCAGUAACGUGUUUGACAUCCUGGUGGGCUUGGGUCUGCCGUGGACUCUCCAGACUCUGGCCGUCGACUACGGUUCCACCAUUGCCCUGAACAGCAAGGGCCUUAUCUACUCCGUGGGCCUGCUGUUGGCGUCCGUGUUUCUAACAAUUGUAGGUGUGCACCUCAAUAAUUGGACCCUCGACCGCCGCUUGGGCUUGGCGUGUCUCAUGAUGUACGCCGUCUUCCUCGGUUUCUCCAUCCUCAUCGAGUUCAACGUCUUCACCUUCGUCAACCUGCCCACCUGCCGAGGCGGUGCCGUCUGAAGAGACUCCCCGCCCUUCCUCCCUGUUAUCCUCUUCCUCACUGCUGUCUCUGUGAGGACCAUCCCAGAGCCUGCUGGGAGAGAUCUAUUUUCUCUUCGUUCUCUUUUAUCAGUCUUUCACUGACCUUGUAAUUUAUUGAUCUUGGGAUUCUUUUCUUUGUCUUUGACAACGGUGCAAUAUGGACGAAUGCCCUGUGCCUAGUCUUUUAUUUAAUUUCUUAGGAGGGCAUUCGUUUCAAAAGAGGAUACUUGGUUCAAAAGAGGAUGACGAAAGGCACCUCGGACAGGAACGAGACACAAAAGAAAGAUAUUUUUGAUGACUACUGCCUGGUUUGAUGUGAAAAUAAGGAGAAAACGUUUUUUUUUUUUUAUAAAGUUGAAACAGACUGCAUAAGGAAAUUGAUACUAUCUCAGUUCUAUUUUACAAUGAGAUCUUUGUUUGUUUGUUUGUUUGUGAGCUGCUAACUGGCUGGACAAUGAAGAGUAUUUGUUGUUCUGCAGAUAAUCAUUGAAAUCAUGGUUAAUAGUAUCAGUUUAAAAAUAUAUAUAUAAAUAUACAUUAGUUUAUUAAGAGGUGUCUAUUGAGAGUUGACGAUUACAAAUGCUGAAGGGUACUGGUGACCUGAUGUAUAUAUAUAUAUUUGAUUAGAUGUUGACUACGGUGACAUGGUUGACCAUGUUCAGAUCCCUCAGACUCCUCCUGUUGACCUGGGCAUUACUGGCCUCCUCCUCCUCCUCCUCCCUACUCUACCCACUGGAGUGCAUCAGCCUCCCCUCAUCCAGGUCCAUCAGCAUGGCAGGUGGGACACAAGCUGAGGCCCCAGCGGACCACUUGGACACAAAAAAUAUAUAUAUAUAUAGAGAUCUCGACUGAAGCUGUUGUGCAUAGAUUUAUUUACCUUGCGGGAUGGGAACGCAAUUUGUACAUUCCUUGAUUUCAAUUGGUUGUGAAGUGUGUCCCAGUGGAUAUAGGGCACAGUUAGGGUGUAUGAGUCAUUGUGUGGGGGUUUUAGAAUCUUCUCUGGGGGGCUUUUUAGAGACACUGUGGUAGUAGAGUUCUGCAUUGCCAGCAGCAGACGGUACCUAUUUAUUGAGGUGGAGGAAUAUGUGUACAAAAUGCUUUUUGAUGUUUGGUUUUGUCUCUUGCUUUCACUUGUGUGCUGUAUAUACUGAAAUAUGUAUCUGUAUUUAAUAAUUUAUUGAGAUCUAUUUAUGCACUUUUUAGAGAUCGCAAAACAAAACAUGAAAAAAAAAAACAUAAACCCACAGCUGUCCCAAAGAACAGAUUAUUCUGGAAAUUCAGUCAAACGAUGUUAAUUUCAUUCCCAGAGAUUUUUUGUCUGAUCCUUUUCUACUGUAAUCCCUUCUGGUUCUUGACCUGGAAAUGAUGCAUACUUUUAGAUACCCCUUUGACUCUAUUAAUAAUACUGUUUCUACUGUUUGUUAUAAAUGAUAUAACAUGAUAGAGUAUGGUGGGAUUACUGGGGGAGUAAAGGUGUGUUCAAAAACACUCACCGAGUACUCCGGUGAGAGAAACUACUUUCUUGCAUUGACUGUUUUGGCAUUGAGGGGUUAGACACACACACACUCUCACACACACACACACACUCACACACCUCUGCUGGGCUGCUCUAAAAUGUCUAACAGGCUGAUUAGCAGGAUAUGUUCUGCCAAAAUGAAGCAUUAUGUUAACUGCAAAAGUGUCCCCACAGGUGCACUCUACGUAAAGAUCCUUGUGUGUGUGUGUGUGUGUGUGUGUGUGUGUGUGUGUGUGUGUGUGUGUGUGUCUGUGUGUGUGUGUGUGUGUGUGUGUCUGUGUGUGUGUGUGUGUGUGUGUGUCUGUGUGUGAGUCCCACUCCAAAACUGUAUCCCACUCCAAAAUUUGAGUGUCAUUUAAAUGUCCUAGUUUAAACCCCCAGAGACACCUUCUAUAUAUACGUUUGUUUUCUAAGAUAAACAUGACAUGUACCUUCUGACGAACCCUGACAUUGGCUUUACUAUAUAAACAGCUUGCUGAAGUUCCGCUCAGAGGACAUAUUCUGGGAUCGUGUUAUCCUGAAAGGAAGACAGUGUUGUGUGCUGUCAAGUUCUGGGGACAUGAAUGCUGCCAUCCAAACUGACACAAGCUCCAUAAUGUUUAGGGUACAGGGAGACAGAUCUCCUUUUCACUAUCUUUCUCAAGGGGAAUCUUUGGCCAACCUUUGAACCAUUACUUCAUGGAUUUUGGAGCUAUGAUAUUCUUGUUAUUUCCUGUUGUUCAAUAAGCUUACAGGGGGCGACAGGGUCUUGUCUUAUCAGGUCAGGCCUGUCUUACCACUUUACAUCCUUGUGGGGAUUUCCUAGUCCAAUGGCACAUUGCAGGGACAUAUUACAUAUGUGACACAUCCAGUUUUAUUGUUCAUAUUACUUAAUAGGUUAUAAUAAAACUAAUCGGUUCAGUUUAUAAGAUGGUCAGGUUUUGCUGCAAAAGAAGUAUUUUUUAGUUUGGUGACACAACAGCUAUUUGUAAACCGUGAUGCGUGUAAUAAUGUAAAUGUGUAGAAGUUGUCUCUGAUUUUUCUUUUCUUUUUGUAUUAGAAUAUAUUUCAGACGAUCGGUCUUUCUUGGUUGUAUUCCAAUUGCUCAUAAAACAAUGUUCAAUCAGUCAGUCAGCCUGUCAUCUUGCAGAGAAUAGUUUACCCAAGGCAGAGUUCAGUGUCUCAUUCAGUUUACCACUCACUGUAGUGUGUUUGCAGUGACCUCUUUAUCACUAAAGACAUAACCAGCAUACGUAUAGUCUAUUACAAACCAUGUAGAACUCCUCACUUGUGACAGGAGGAUGAAGACUUAGCGUGGGUUAGUGUUCCCAUCUUUACUUAGGAAGAUAUCUGUCCCAGUGUAAGGACUAGUGCAAUAGGGAUUGAAUUGUUAAAAGUGCUAGAUGUCUAGUUGUGACCUGUGUAGGGAAUGUACAGUAUGAAUUUGGACUGAUGUUUUAAAGGGAUGAUCUUUAUUUGUUCAGAGGUAGAUGUGUGCGGAUGCACUCUGGAAAGUCAAGGGAAAACAGGGUUUAAUAAUACAAAUGGAAUAAAUGUCCUGUUGAUUUCAAAUGCAAUAAUGAUUAGCUUUGUUAUUGUAUAUCUUCUGUUGAACAAUAUUGCAUCAAGCAUCACACACUGCAUACUUUCUGUAUACAUUUCAGACAUGUUUGUGCAAGCAGCAGUGCUGGAAGCUCUGCAUAAUUUAUGCAGAUUAUCCCAGAUUGAAUCUAAACAACCAAUAGUUGCUAUUAAUGACUGGAGAGACACGCCAUACAAAAUAGGCACCAGUCCUCUGAAUACAAAGACUCUGCAAUCUCUGAUGACCAUCAGUGUUAUUUACACCUAACCAUGCCCAAGUCUGUUUGGGUUUGAAGUGAAUUCUGCAGUCAGACCAUUUUUAAACAGUUUUGACUUAUCGGUAAGAACAUAAUUCAGUUAUGAGUAAGAUAUGAUUAUGGAUAUGGAUGAAGGUUAUUAUUGUCCAUUAUUGCUGCAGUUAGCACAUGUUAUCUGUAUUACCUGCUGCUUCUCUCCUGUAUGCACAGUGUUAUACUGCCUGGAGUGUGGGCACACAGAACGCAUUGCCCACGACUACGUGUAUCGCUUCAUCGUAACGCCUGCUGGGGCUCUAAUUCAGUGAGGUGUGCUGUUCUUGACAUGAGCAUAUCUGACCACAAGUUGUGAUAUUCACGGUGCAGUGCAUCCCGAUGUGUACAUACACAAACAUGCCAAUGUAUUUAUGUAUAUUUUUGUCCUCAUCUAUAUAUCCCUUGAUUCUAUUUUCAGGAGUUUUGAUGUUUGGAUCUACGGGUCCCCCCUAAUCCUCUUUUUAUUAUUUUUAAUGAAAUCAUCAUUAUGUUUUGUCAACUCGCAUGAAAAUGUUUUAAUGUAACAGUAUAUUUAUAUUGAUUCUGUACUACGUGGGCACUGGAUAAUUGUGGAAUUAGACCUCUUAGAUGAUUGCAUGUGCUAGAAGGAUAACAUUACUGGAUCUUUAAUGUAGACAUUUCAGCCAGAGGGCCUGGGGUCAUCUUACCCACAUACAAGAAGCAGGAAUGGUUUACUUUGUGUAAGAAAUUAUGUUCAGGUGUUUUGUUUCAGAUUGUAAAUCAGAGUACUUUUUUGCUAUUUGAGCAUAAAUAAACAAUGAUUUUUGCUGAAGGUAAGGACAGAA